CGUCUUAAUUCGGACAGUUAUGUAUAAACAAAUCACAGUGAAGUGUUAAUAGGAUAUAUUUAUAUACGAUACGAUAUUCUCUUUUUUUCAAGAACGAGUAAAGCAAGUGACAGGGCGAUGAAGGAAAUAUACUUAAUCGCCAUUGUCUUCCUGGCAUCUCAGGCCGCCGCGUAUGUGAUCGCCGGAAAUGAAUCUUCUACUUUUGAAGCAGAGAACGAAUGUCCGGCGGCAGACCCUUGCCCGCCAAAACUGAUAUAUUACGAAAAGGAUUGCAGUCACUAUUACGAAUGCAAAAAUCAAGAAAAGAACUUGAAAGAGUGUAAGACUGGCUUAUACUUUAGUAACAAAUGGCAAGGUUGUGUUAAGCCCGAAAACUCGGAGUGCAAAAACUCCGGGGAUGACCCCGGGGAUAACCCUGGGGAUAAUCCCGGGGAUAACCCCGGGGAUAAUCCCGGGGAUAACCCCGGGGAUGAAACCACUUGUGUUAACAAUGGCGACUUACUUCCGCACGAGUGCCAAUGUACUAAAUUUUACGAAUGCAAAAAUAAAAAAAAGGCUCUGCGCGAUUGUCCGCUCGGACAAUUUUUUGACAAGGAUAGACAAACUUGCAUUCCAGGGAAAAAUUGCAAGGCAGUAGGAACCGAAUGUAAAGACGGUGACCUUAUCAAUCACGAAUGCCAAUGUAAUAAAUACUACUUAUGUAAAAACGGUCUGAAGGCCUUGCAAGAAUGUAAGGCAGGAUACUACUUUGAUACAGAUUUGUCGCAAUGCGUAAAAGGCACUUGUGCGACAGAUAGCAAAACGUGUACAAAAGGCGAAAAGAAGAAACACGAGUGUUACUGUGAAAAAUAUUACGCAUGCAAAAAUAAAGAAUGGAUCGCUCAGGAGUGUAAGAAAGGUCAACAUUUUAGCCCGACAGAACAGAAAUGUAUAAAGGGAGACGUUGAUGAUGAAUGCAACUCACUUACACCUACACCUAUACCUACACCUACACCUACACCCACACCCACACCACCAGGAGAACCUGGCGACUGUCCAGAAGGUGUCCCGACAUUAUGGCGUCACGAAUGUGACUGCAGAUUGUAUUACGAGUGCAUAGACGAGAAGAAGCAACUACAAAUUUGCGCUUGGGGCAAAUAUUUUGAUUACGUGAAUCAGGUAUGCGAAGAAGCGAAAAAAGUGAGUCCCAAAUGUCAAAAUACCUGGGACGACUGGUUAUCUAAAUAACUAAUCAUUUUGAAGAGUAAGAAGAGAAGCUAAAAGUAAGAAGCUAAUAGUAACGAAAAUAGAGUACGAAGAAUGAAUUGUAAUGCUUAUUAGAAAUGUGUUACUAUAUUGUAGGAACGUAUUAUUUUUUGCUAAGAUAUUUUAAUAAAUCUGAUGUGUAUAUGUAUAUAUAAUCUAACAAUUGUUUCCUAAAAUUUUAUUAUCAAAUCGAUCCUCUGAUACCAUAUCAUGAAUAUACAAAUGGUUAAACUUUCAAUUCAGAUAUAAGAUUUAUGUAAGGAUUAAAAAAUUCUCACUUAAUCUGUAGCAAAAGUAUGUCAUUGUGCAUAUUAUAUAUAUGUAAUUGUAAUGCUGUAGUGAAUAUGUAUUACGGAAUUUUAUAUUAUUAUUAUCACAGAUUAUAAAUCACAGAUGUAUACGAAUA